CCCGCCGCCAUGUGGUGCUCGGCAAGCGGCUGCCGGCUGGCCGCGCUGCUGGUAGCCGUCUGCUCCUCUACCAGCUGCCAGCACAUCUCGGCAGGUGGCUGUGAGGCACCACAGCUGACUAUUAAUGGCACAAGAUUUUCGUCUGACGUAAACUACAGCAAAGCAAAGGAGGUCCACUUCAUCGCUGAAGUCGAUACAAUUAGUGGAAAAAGAAAGGAUUGUAACAUCAAGUGCAUCAAAAAUAAGUGGAUGGGGCCAUACUGCAGAAGCGACCAUGAUGAGUCGUACCACCCGAUGCUGAAGAGCUGUCUGAUCGCCAACAUUCCACAACAGCUGGCUCUGUUCGCCGAUUACACGCCAGUCACGUCUGCGGGCCUGUUCCACCACGGCACCCGGCUGACUGCCCGCUGCCAGGAGGUGGGCAUGUUCCGGCAGCUGGGCGGCUCCUCGCUGCUCUGCGUGGACGGCCGCUGGAACCCGCCGCAGCCGCCCGUCUGCCAGCCCACCACCGUGCUCACCAACUUCUCACAGGCCAGCGCCCCGACAAUCGUGCACCACGUGCCGACGGGCUCGGUGCAGCCGUCGGCGGACGGUCGGCUGGUGGCCUACCCGGGCUCCAUCGUCCACCUGGACUGUCUGCUGCUGCGCACCCGCGGCAACCCCACCUGGCUGUGGUCGGCCAGCGGGCGCGCCUACCCCACCGGCUGGGCGAUCGCGGCCGACGAGCGCGACUGGAAGUACCGGCUGUCGGUGUACUACGCCAGUGCGGCGGACACCGGUAACCUGACGUGCCGCUCGCCGGACGGCGCCUACAACACCGUCCGCCUGGAGGUCAGAGCGGUGGAGUGUCCUCCGGUGACGGAGACCGGCUCGCUGCGGCUGGCCUCCACCUCGUCUGCUCGUCUGGGACAGACCGUGACGUUCACCUGUCCGGCGGGCCACCAGCUGUCGGGCGCCGCCUCGGUAACCUGCCUGGCCAACGGUCGGUGGUCGGGCCCCCUGCCGCAGUGUCACACGGUGCAGUGUCCGCUGCUGGUGCUCGCCGACCGGCGCGUGCUGCUCACCUCUGUGAAUCUGACCAGCGGCAGCCGGGCCGUGUUCCGGUGUCCGGCCGGCUAUCGGCUGGCCGGACCGCGCGUCAUCAAAUGCCGCCAGAGCGGACACUGGAGCCGACCGCCGCCCACCUGCCGAGCCGUCUCCUGCCCGGAGCCCGGCACGCCGCUGCACGGGUACGCGGUGCGCUCAGGCGGUACUGCCGUCAACGACACGGUCGAGUACUUCUGCAACGCCAACCACGUGAUGCAGGGCAACGCCAGCAGCCGGUGCACGCCCACCGGCAUCUGGUCGCAGCCCACGCCCGCCU